AGCAAAAGCAGGUUCUUGUGGACGGCCAUUGUAGGCUUUAUCGCUCAGCAACCGCCUCAUUAGAAAUGACUUCACGUAGUAUAACGAACUGCAUCUUUUAUCCAAGUCAUUCCCUCGCACCACCAUGAUUGCGCCACAGAAUGACGAGGAGACACCUCUUUUGCAACGACCAGAGCAGCCAACGGCCAAGACACCUCUUCCCUGGGAUCAAUUUUGGAUUCUACUGCUCUUGGAGAUGCCAGAUUUUCUGUCUACUGGGACCCUUGCCCCGUUUAUUCCUCAACUCAUCAGAGACACCGGAGUCACUCACGGAGACGAAUCCCAAGUUGGACACUACGCCGGCAUCCUUCAAUCAUCAUACUAUGCAGCUCAUACCCUGACCAUCUUUCAUUGGAGUCAACUAUCUGACCACAUCGGGCGGAAGCCCGUAAUACUGACAGCUCUAUCAGCAAUUGUUAUUUCGUUGUUUUCGUUUGGGCUGUCGAAGAGCUUCCUUGGUCUGGUGGUCAGUCGUAUUGUCUGCGGAGCAUUUGAUCCGAGCGAUAGUAUAAUCAAGAGCAUGCUGAUGGACAUCACUGACGCAACCAAUAUGCCCAAGGCAUACAGUUAUAUACCAAUUUCGUUGAUGAUCGGAAACUCAAUUGGGCCACUCAUUGGGGGAUCGCUCUCCCGACCAGCGGACAGAUUCCCUGAUAUCUUCGGGCGAUCGGAACUCCUGAAAACCUACCCAUAUCUCCUGCCAUGCUCUAUCUCAGCAUUUUUUGUAUCGAUAAUUUGGCUAGUCACGUAUAUCCGUCUUAAAGAGGGCGUCUCUACCGCUAGCAAAACACCGCUCUGGGAGCUAAUUAAAAAAGGAUUCUUCGGAAAAUCAUCCUCGAAGCUUCGCCAGCCAUCGAACAACGUUAUAGUUGAUCCUGCGGAAGGGAGUCCUGGAGAAGUUCAACCAAAGCCGCUUCCGCUGCGCGCCUUGCUAACCCCGAAAGUGUUGAGUGUGACAGCGAGUUAUGCUACCAUGGGCCUGUUUCGAACGGGGUUCAAUUUGCUCUUGCCUGUUUUCUAUGCGACACCGAUUGAACUUGGUGGUCUUUCCCUUGAACCUCCUCGCAUCGGUGCUUUACUUGCGGUAUCAGGUAUCAUGCAAGGCAUAUUCCAGCUACUUUUCUACGCUCGUUUACAUGAUCGCUUCGGUGCAAGAGCUAUCUUUAUCGCCGGUGUUAGCUCCGGCAUACCCAUCGUCAUUUUAUUUCCAGUGAUCAAUGCUCUGGCUCGGGCCUAUGGAAUAGGUAUGGCGGUAUGGCUGUGUGUUGUAGCCCAGCUUGCACUGAAGACUAGCCUGGUCCUGUGCUUCCCCUGCAUGGCAUUACUCAUCAGAGCAGCUGCUCCCAAUCGCGCCUCCCUCGGAACAACUAAUGGAAUCGUUAUGGUGGUUGUCGCAGUAGCAAGGAUCAUCGGCCCGGCAUCUGCAGCUUCAGUCUUCUCUUAUUCAUUGCAGGAGGGGCAUGAUGCGUGGUCGAUAUACUACUUCUUUAUGGCAAUUGCGUUUCUCGCUGUAGGUACUGCUCUAUUGCUUCCCCGUGAUCUUGGUGUAUGGGAAGAUUCCCAAUGAUAUUAUCAUGACUGUGUACAUUAUGAUCUAGUGUAGGAGGCGGGACUGGCAAAAUUCUACUAUGUAGCCUAUACUAGAUGGUCCCACGAGUCCGUGUGUCCCAAGAGUCCGCGCAUUGACUCUAGCACACGCAAUUCUGCACAGAAUCCUUAUCCAUGAUAGAUCUGGAUUCGCCCAAACAUAAUACACACUCCCAUAUAUAUAUUUUGAAGAAAAUCGAAGUAGAUCUUGUUCCAUGGGCAACUUAUCAGUGCGAGAGGCAUAGAAGGCUCACUCUAAAGGUCAGAUCUCCACAUAUAAUUCUGGAAUAUUGUGAGAUGGUUAUAUACAUGAUUAGAGAAUACUAAAAC